CCGGCGAAGAUGGCGGACGAAGACCAGAGUUCGCUUCUAUUUUUUGACACUUUUUCACACAAGCCCUCAGACGACCUAAAUUUGGACCUUGUACAGUUUCCGCAUCCAGUUCUCAUCAGUAAAGUUGAUAUCAUCCCGCUUGGUACAAAGGUUCUUGCUGAUGUUGCAGGCGGCCAUAGGCUUGGUGCCACAACGCCAUCAGGUUUUAAGUUAGAAUUGUUUGUUAACAAUCUGGCCAAACCCAGCAAUGCUACGUUCGAAAAACUUGGAGGGAUUACCUUUACCUCUGGUGCCGAGACCGCCAUUCAUGCUGAAGCUGAGAUUCCCACGGAUGGAUUGAUACUGAAAGGAUGGUACUCCAUAUUGACUGUGGGUGUCUUCGGCACAUUGACAACUGUUGUGAAGGAGCGUGUCACCUCGCCUCCCCCACCACCACCACCUCAGCCGGUCCAGCCACCAAGAGUGAAACAAGAACCAGGGACACAACCAGAGGCUGUCCAAUUGGCACCUCAGCCUGUUCCACCACCAUUACCUGAGCAGCCUCGAGAAUGGGCCAGUGUUCCUCGCCAAGAGCCCAUGUACCAUCCUUCUCUCGCUACCGCACAGAUCAAGCAGGAGUCCUAUAUGGAGGGUGACAAUCGAUACGUGGCAAGAAAUCCAUUGGAAAUGCAUCAUGGGAGACCCCCAGUUCCACAUCAGCCUCAUCCUGAUCAUACAGAUAUGCCUCCACUUCCCACCUACAGUGACCCUCAUGCUGGUGUUCGUCCACCGGAGCCACGUCCGGCGGGGCACCCAGGUGAACCGCCUCAUGGUCAUAUCCCACCAGAACCACCACAUUCUAUUGGUCAUGCACCUGAGCCCCAACGGGGUGGUGGUCCCCCGGAUCUACCGCAUGGCAUGGGCCAUCCACCUGUGAUGCAUCCUGGAGAGCCCCCACAUGGCAUGGUUCUAUCCCAAGACCACCCUAUUGGACCGCCCCCACCUAUGAUGCAUAAUCCCUCAAUGGAGGGAAUGGGAGCAGACCUGAGAGAGAUUCAUGAAGCAAUGGAAUCAUUUGAUGCAGAACGACGACUUGAACGUGAUCGGCGCUUCAGGAAUGAUGCACGUGAUGGUGACUUCCGUGACUACCGAGGCUCUCGGGAAGGCUCCCGGGAUCGUGACAGUCGUGAUAGUUCACGGGAGUCACGAGAACACAGACCGCGAGAACAUGGUCGUGAUAGAAAUCGAGAUCGUGAACAUGAUUGGGAUCAUGAACGAGGACGGGACUGGGAGCGUCGUGAUCGUGACCGUGAAGAAUGGGAUCAAGGCAAAGAUUGGGAUAAGGAUCGUGUAAGGGGACGUGACGAUUACAAAGGAAGAGACAAAGACUCUAAAGACAAACAGAGACCAAGGUCACCUUUGUUUAGGUCAAGGUCAAGCCCAAGGUCGAGGUCACCUUUGUCUAGGGAAUCAAGUCGAUCACGGGAAAUAGAGAACAUUGAAGAGCCAGGUGAAUCAGGUGAAGCACCUAAAGAGGAGGCAAUUGAUGUGCCGUUUGACCCGAUGUCCCCUGAACCUGCAGGAGACAUGUAUGUGACCUUAUCUGACAUCGAGGCUCAAGGGAACCUGGACAGAGAUCCAGCAAUUGAGGCUGAUGAUGGUGGAGGAUACGAAGAUAUCUCUGAUGAUGAUAUCGAUGACUUGGAGGAUUUUACGCGAGGGCUGCAGAUGGUUGAAGGGAUGUUUGAAGUCCCUGAAGACAUGUGGAACUACACAAGUUACAGUCCGUAUCAGUUUGAACUCUUGCCCUUGACAACCUUCAGCGACCCAUCUCUGUCACCCUACCAGGUGGAGAAGCUGAAGUCCAAACUCGGCCAUAAAGAGAUGCCACAGGAAGCUCUGGAUGUUCUUGACUUGGUCACCCGGUUCUUGGAGGCGGAGCAUACAGGAGAAUGGGUUGAGGCCAUGGAGAAUCUGCCCUCUUUGUUGAAUAAUGGACUGUCUUACUUAGACAAGGAAGAUAUACUCGAGGCUCUUGUCUCGUGGACCCUCGAGGGACUCGACUUUGAUAAAGCCAUCGCCCAGCCUGAGAAUAAGUACAUGCUCCGUCACCUCAAGAUGGGAAUCAAACUGGUCGGGUGUCUGUGUUCGUGUGAUGUCAACAUCUCGCUGAAAAUGAUGAAAGAAGACGUACAGGUGAAGCUCCUCCAGCUUUACGUCACAGAGCACAUGUCGCUCUCGGCCAAACUUCAGAUCCUGCGAUCCCUCGACCAGACGUUACGCUUCCAGGUUGGCAUGGAUUGGUUCCUUGGUCAACAUCCCCUGCAGCUUGCUUGUGCUGAGGAGGAGGGCAGGCAGCAUACGGCCUACCAGGCCUUGCUUGAUAUCAUGAUGUCAAAACAGCUUGUGAGAGCAGUGGUAGCCAUUUCAGCUAUAAUGAAGAAAGUCCACGCGUAUGAGGUGGUGAGGAACUUCCAGAGGACGGUCGAAAGCUUUCUUGAGAAGUCAUCUGUUGACCAACCGGAGGACAAACAGGUCAAAUCUGAAGAUGGUGAUACGGCUGAUGAAUCUGAGGGCAUGAUCGACGUCAUCCCUGGACAAUCUGGUCCCCAGGAUCUUGAGAUGGAUAAGAUUACCAACAUGUUGGAUGAUCUUACCAAAAUGCAUGCGUCUGCUCUACAUGCGAUGGGGUUCCCAGGGCGGACAUUGCCAGCGAAGGUCCUGUUUGAGAUUACCCAGAAGCCCUCUGAUCCAUUUCCAUUCCUAUACCAUAUUUGGAACUCAUGCAACCUGUUGGAGAGCAUCUUCUCAUUGCUGCUCCACCCCGCCACCUAUCAACACCUGACUGCAUUCCUCGCCGUGCGAGACUUCGUCUUACAACUCCUCUCGUACAAUAGCGGCCUAUUGUUCAUUGCCUCCCACCCUGAGAUUGCCAACGGGAUCAUUCGCUCAUUACUUCAGAACUCACAGGAUGAUGUUCGUGAGGAUGGAGCAGAGGAGAAUCCUCCCCAGCAGCUCGGCCUACAGCUGGUCUACUAUCUUCAGACUCUGCACUUCAUUGACCUGCUCCUUGAGUAUCACAAGAAAGAAAAACGAGAAUCUGAUGACGAACAGGACAUGAUUAGUUUCCUGCAUGGCCUCUACAUCAUGACGUUUAUACCACCAGGGCGGGAUGCGGUGACUAAAGUCGCCAGUCUCGGCGACAACAUGAAAGCCUUGAUCAGCUUCUUGGAGUUCUCGGGGAAUGAAGCGCGUGACGGCUCUAAGAAGAGAUCAGUGCCGGUGUCGUACGCUGCCAAUCUCCUCGUUAUGAUCAUUCAAGAUUCAGACAAUGUGGAAAUGCUCGAGCGGUUUGGAAGCAAACUUUACACCCUCAGUGACCUAGAAAUCCAUCCAAAACUAUCCGAACUCAAAGUAUGGUUGGACCCAAUUAAGAAACUCACAGAAUUCAGCUAUACUUGCUUAGAUGAACUCAUGGUGCAGUUGAAGCAGUAUUCAGAUGAGGUGAUGGAUUUGCCACGUGGGUUAGUGACGGUGUUGCGUAUCAUACAUCAUUGGGGGAUCCCGUCAGAACGAGAGACGCUCGAGGAAGGACAGGAAGAGCUGCGGUAUAAAUUUGUGCUGUCUGAACUAUUUACAGGAGAUUGUAUGCCGCUGUUCCAGAAUAUCCUAUCGAAAUUGUUUGAAAUUCAGCAAAGACCAUGGCAACAAGGGAGUUACCUAGCAACCACACAAGGACAGAUCUCCAUGGCGAUAACAGUCAAGAUAGUUGCCAUUGUCAAGGCUAUCCUCCAGUAUCUGAUAAUGGCCAGAGGCCCACAGUUCCGUGACACGACAUAUCUACCAUCACUGUUCAGCGUGCAUACCAUUGUGUGUUCAGCUCCACCUGGUGGCCUCCUAACACAUGACGCUCAGAAGGUUCAAAAUGACAUCAUUGAUACGAUUAUGGCAUUCACUCAGCCUUCACUGGAGUCGUAUGAAUCUGAAGAUGUGCUCACACAAAGUCUGUGGACAAAAACAUUGGAAGAAUUGUUCAAGUAUACCUUGAGCGCCCCCUAUACUUACAUGAGUGGACUACUCAUUCUCUCCGAGCUGCUGCCACUUCCUCUACCCAUUCAGACAAAAGAGCAACUUAGCGAUGAUGAGGUUGCCAUGGCAACCAAUCAGAGGAAGCUUUGGAGUGCUCAUCUGUUGUGUUGUAACACUGCCAUACAGGAUGUUAUCAAAACGUUAGCAACAACAAGUUGUCAGCCCCUGCAGCACGUGAUGAGACGAGUGUGUUGGCAACUGGCAGAUCUCUCAAUGCCCACUGCCUUGAACCUAGUCAAGCACAUUCUUGAUCUUAUCCUGGACGGUUUAGAAUCGAUAACAGAAGUUGUCUCCAUCCCUGGUGAGGGUGAUAAAACCCAGCAGGUGAUCAUCUUCCACCCAAGUUCAGGAGACAUGGCGCAGGCCCUCAAUCUCCUCUCAUAUCUACUCUCACAGGCCCCAGUCAAGGCACCUGUCCUCUAUCUACUCAGAUCAGGCGGUAAAAAUGAGGAGCGCUAUGUGGAAACCCUGCCGAAGCUGUUGCAUCUGCUGAAUGUUGUCUCCGAGAAAUCUUGCCACAUACAGGCACAGGAAUGCAUUGUGUCCAUCAUUCAGUCUCUGUGUGACCCAGAAAUUGUCCUCAUCACUGGAGAAAACAUGGGCAUCUUAGAGCAGCUGAGUAUCUGUCUCCCUAGUAAAGACCACCUGCAUCAGAUCUGCCUUGCACUCUUGGACCACAUCGGGAACAUGGACCACAGCUAUGCCUCCAUCCUGCCGGCUCUGAGAACACUGGUCAUGUUGACAGAACAUGACUAUGGAUUCUUCCAUCUCAAAGGGGCCCUCGACCAAAAUCACUUUGCAUUUUGUAACCUCUUCAUGAGAAUCAACAACACGUUCAGCAAAGACAGUUCAGAUUGUUUAUCAACGUUAUCAACAGCAACCGAGCUACUCCAUCUAUUGGUAACGUUGGAAGCUCCAGAGGAGGACACGCCACUGAGAACGUUCGUCAUCAGCGUGCCUGAGCUGAGACAGUAUCUGAGCUGGUCAGAGGAGAGGGAGCAUCCACUUUAUGACCUGGAGAAGCUUCUGGUUGAGUGUGCCAAAGAAGAAGAAGCAUUGGACAGUCUGUUGGAGGGAAUUACCAGUCUACUUCAAGAUCUCAGAUCAAAUGAACCUUCAGAGAAAAAAGAGCUGGUUGAGCCCAUCCUCCCGACGCCAGAGUCUCUGGCAAAUCAGUUCAACAGUCGGCCAAUCUUCGUGCUGACGGACGGCGAAGAUGAUCGACUGAGUAUCAACUAUUGGAUGUCAUGUCCGGGUGUUGAUGAUUCUGAUCAGGAAUGCGAGUUAGUGCCAUGUAACUUAGAGGAAUUGACUCUCAAAUGUAAUUUGGACUUUGACCUGAAGGCGGAGCUGUCGAAGGGGACGGGAACUGAAGAUCCAGCGGUGGUUAAGGCCAGGAAACGCCAACGACUGCGUGGUGCUAGGGAUACGAUUAACACGAGCAGCAUCGGGAGAGGUGCCAAGGGCUUUGUUGCUCCCAUGCGGGGACGAGGUUUCAAUCGUGGAAUGAACAGUAACCGCCAUGAUCCAUUCCGGUCUCGGCCGCCAAACACAAGUCGGCCGCCGUCAAUGCACGUGGAUGACUUUGUCAAGAUGGAGUCUCAGCAAGGACCACCGAAGCCAGGUGGUGCAGGCUCGGGUCCACCGAGGAGGGACAAGGAAUUUGGUGAUCACCGUGGCCGAGGUGGUCGAGGUGGUUUUGAUCGAGGUCGGGGUGGACCUGGACGGGGGCGAUUCUUUACGCCCCCUGGCAACUACGGCAGACGAGAUGGAAUGAAUACGCGAGGAUUGGGCAAUCGAGGUGGCCUUAGUCGAGGUGGACCUCUACCUCAGUCAAGAGGCCCGCCUGGCAGGUCAAUGCAGACACCAUGGGGAGGCAGGUCCAAGCAGAUGUCAUCACCAAGGGGGUUCGGUGGCCGUGGAAGGGAUAUGGAUAAUCGGCCUGGGUCUGCUGAGCGUCAUUCAGGUCGUGGAGACAUCCCCAGGUUCCCAUCUCGAGGUGGUGCAGGAAGUGGAGGGAGAGGGGGACGAGGUCAGUGGAUAUCGCCCAAGAGCAGAGACGAUACAAGGUUCAUGCCUCCACCUGGUGGUGGCUUCCGAGGUCGGCGUGAUCAGGGACGACAUGUUCGAUCGUUCACGAAGUGAGAGACGGACUGUGUACAGCAGAUUUUGAUGAUUUUGAUAUCAGGAAUGGCAAUUGAUUUCGGCCGGAUAUAAGAUGUCCACAGAACUCUUGUUUCUGUUUAUAGAUGAGCCAUCUUGGCAUCUGGGCAUCAGGUCGAAGAUCCAAAGCUUUGUGUACAAACACAAUGCACUUCCUAAUUCAUGACAAAACUUAGCUUUGUUUUUCCAAGAAAAGAGUACAAUUUCUACUUUGUAAGAGAGUAAAUUAAUAAAGAGAA